AGCGCGCAUGCGCGGUCGCCUUUGUGUGGGUCGAGCGGCGGCGGUGGCGGCGGCGCUGGUGGCGGCAGUGGCGGUCCCACUGGCAGGCGGGCAAGAGGGGAGUCCGGGCGGCGUCCGGCGUGGGAGCCGGGGGACCACCAUGGUAAAGAAGCGGAAAGGCCGUGUCGUGAUCGAUUCGGAUACGGAAGACAGCGGCAGCGACGAGAACCUGGAUCAGGAGCUCUUGUCCCUGGCAAAACGGAAGCGCAGUGACUCUGAGGAGAAGGAGCCUCCUGUGAGUCAGCCUGCAGCCUCAUCAGAUUCAGAGACAUCCGACAGUGAUGAUGAGUGGACAUUUGGGAGCAAUAAAAAUAAGAAGAAAGGAAAAGCCAGGAAAGUAGAGAAGAAAGGCGCCAUGAAGAAGCCAGCCAGCAAAGCUGCCUCCUCGGGCAGCUCAGACAGAGGCAGCUCAGCAGAGAGCUCAGCCCCUGAGGAAGGUGAAGUGUCAGACUCUGACAGCAACAGCUCCUCCUCUAGUUCAGACUCAGACUCCUCGUCAGAGGAUGAAGAGUUCCAUGAUGGCUAUGGAGAGGAUCUUAUGGGAGAUGAGGAAGACAGGGCCCGGCUGGAGCAGAUGACGGAGAAGGAGAGGGAACAGGAGCUCUUCAACCGCAUAGAGAAGAGGGAGGUGUUGAAAAGAAGAUUUGAAAUUAAGAAAAAACUAAAAACAGCCAAAAAGAAAGAAAAGAAAGAAAAAAAGAAAAAGCAGGAAGAAGAACAAGAAAAGAAAAAGCUGACACAGAUUCAAGAAUCUCAGGUUACUUCCCACAAUAAAGAACGGCGUUCCAAGCGGGAUGAGAAACUAGAUAAGAAAUCUCAAGCCAUGGAGGAGCUAAAAGCAGAACGGGAAAAACGGAAGAACAGAACAGCUGAGCUCCUCGCCAAAAAACAGCCAUUGAAAACCAGUGAGGUCUACUCUGAUGAUGAGGAGGAGGAAGACGAUGACAAGUCCAGUGAGAAAUCAGACCGAUCGUCCCGAACAUCAUCAUCUGAUGAAGAAGAAGAGAAAGAAGAAAUCCCUCCAAAAUCACAGCCAGUCUCCUUACCUGAGGAACUGAAUCGAGUUCGAUUAUCUCGGCAUAAGCUAGAGCGCUGGUGUCAUAUGCCCUUCUUUGCUAAAACUGUCACAGGAUGUUUUGUACGAAUUGGCAUUGGAAACCACAAUAGCAAGCCGGUUUACCGGGUGGCUGAGAUCACGGGUGUUGUAGAAACUGCCAAAGUUUACCAGCUAGGUGGCACCAGAACAAACAAAGGGCUACAGCUACGGCAUGGCAAUGACCAGCGAGUGUUCCGCCUAGAGUUUGUGUCCAACCAGGAAUUCACUGAAAGUGAAUUCAUGAAGUGGAAAGAAGCGAUGUUUUCUGCUGGCAUGCAGUUGCCCACACUAGAUGAAAUCAAUAAAAAGGAAUUAUCUAUUAAGGAAGCUCUCAAUUAUAAAUUCAAUGAUCAGGACAUUGAGGAGAUUGUAAAAGAGAAAGAAAGGUUCAGAAAAGCUCCACCAAACUAUGCUAUGAAGAAGACUCAGCUGCUAAAGGAAAAGGCCAUGGCUGAGGACCUGGGAGAUCAGGACAAAGCCAAACAAAUCCAAGACCAGCUAAAUGAGCUAGAGGAACGGGCAGAGGCCCUGGACCGCCAGCGGACCAAGAACAUAUCUGCUAUCAGCUACAUCAACCAGCGGAAUCGGGAGUGGAACAUUGUGGAGUCUGAGAAGGCUCUGGUGGCUGAAAGUCACAACAUGAGAAACCAGCAGAUGGACCCCUUCACCAGGCGACAGUGCAAACCCACCAUUGUCUCCAAUUCCAGGGACCCAGCUGUUCAGGCUGCCAUUUUGGCCCAGCUAAAUGCAAAAUACGGUUCCGGAGUAUUACCAGAUGCUCCCAAAGAGAUGAGCAAGGGUCAAGGAAAGGAUAAAGAUUUGAAUUCUAAAUCAGCCAGUGACCUCUCAGAAGACUUGUUCAAAGUACAUGACUUUGAUGUGAAGAUUGACUUACAGGUUCCAAGCUCAGAGUCAAAAGCUUUGGCCAUCACCUCCAAAGCCCCACCAGCCAAGGACGGAGCUCCAAGGAGAUCUCUGAACUUAGAAGACUACAAAAAACGACGGGGGCUUAUUUGAGCACUUCCAGCCUGCUGCUUCCAACCCUGCAUGCCCCGUCAUCGUCCUGCCUUUCCUCUUUCCUCUGAUUUGCCCUCUUUGGGCUGGAGCAGCAGUGGAACUGGGAAGAGACUCUAAACUGCCAGUCACUGUAAUAUAAACCAUUUGCUGUAUAGACCUUUCUUGUCUGUACCAUCUCCCAGAAACCCCAGGCCCCACCCAAGGUGGAUCUGGGUUGGUUGGGGCUUCUUUCAUGUCUUUAGGUUUGUGUUUGCCCUCCCCACCUGCUCUGGUUUGUAAUUAGCACAGUUUGGCCACUCUGCACACUCAGUAUUACCAUCGAGCUGGGGCUCUUGCUAGAGCCCCUCGUGGCAGUACCGGCAGCACGCCAGUGUCCUCUGCAGGCUGCCUUGGGCCCGACCAUCGGACAUUUGGCACCUAACCCUUGCAGAGAGUGGGUGGGACUGGGCAGCUGCCACCCAUCCUCUUCCCUCUCAUCCGUCUCUUCUUCCUGUAUCCAUGGAAGAGGGAUUUUCAAAACCAGUUUAGUUUCCAAAAAAUGUACAUUUAUGGGGAGGGAGGGGGCCUAAUUUGAGUGUGUGUGAGUGUGUGUGUGUAUGUGUGUGUGUGUGUAUGUGUGUGUGUGUAUUUUUUAUCAUUUUUUAAAAUGCAGUACUCUUUGUAUCAGUCUGUCAUGGGUCUAUAGCUGUUUCAGAUUUUUUUGAGCUGUACUUGAGCAUCUGAAACUGCAAGAAAGAAACUGAUUAAAUGUGAUUCUUCUUACUAAACAGGCCUGACUGCUGUAGCUGUGUGACUUCCCUCCUCUACCCUAGCGCUGCCCCACCCCACAGGAAACCCCCUCUGCCCCAUAGGCUGUGUCCUGGCACGUGGGCAGGAAGCUCAUGGCAGGGCCCAGGGAGGGCAGCCAAAGAGUCUCGCUCAUUGCACAGGCACAGCGGUAGCUUCUUGACUGAACGUAGCACAUCUUGUCCCCACCCACUGCUCCUAUCUCUUCCUAGUGACUGAUGUUUUGCAAGAAUAACAUUUUGUUCUGUUUUUUAAGAAAUAAUUCAACAUGAAUGUGGAGAGCAAACAAAAAGAUGUAGGUUGCAAAUGUUACCAGCAUGUGCAGUGAUGUGUGUGUGUGCCCGUGUGUGUCUGCCUGUGCUCAUAUAUAUGUGGUGAGCAUAUAUAUACUGUGCAGCUAGGGUGAAGCCAGCAAAGAGGUGUGUGUGUUGUUGUGAGAUGUUUGAAAAGAAAUAAGCUGACUGCUUGAUAAUCAUUCUCAGGUGUAAAGCUCCAACUGUAAAUAAAAGUGGCAUUUAGCGAAUUUUUUCAAACAAAGUACAGCUGAUGCUAUCCAGCAGGCAGUGAGCUAAAGAAGCAGCCGAGAGCCAGCGAUCUCCACAGUGAGAGGAAUCGAGCUCUGUCUGCUCCGUACUUCACUGACUUUUGUAUAAGGAAUAGAUGAUGGGAAAUCAUGGAAUUAAGUAGUAUUUAAACAAAGGUGGACAUAUAGCUCUUCUGAUUGAGUAAAGCCUCCGUGUUGCUUUACCUUAGUUUACAUUUUUUUUAAAAAGCAGCAACGGAUGGUUUUAAAGAAGUAUUGUGACUGUAGAACUGGGAAAUGCGGCCUGUGCCCCGGCUGUGUUGUAGCCGUGGCACAGAGUUGGGCAGAGGAGGGGUGAUGGACUCGCUACAACUGUACAGACUUGAAGAGUCCACUGACCAGAGUCUCUUUGUAGACUGUUUUGUAAAAGGGGAAUCACAGGCUGAACGCCACCACACUCUAGCAGAGUCCUGGAGCUGCUGGGACCUCUCCUAUCAUGUCAGACUUGGACUUUUUUCCUUCUUGUUUAAAAAGCAUAAAAUCAUAGAAUCCAUAUAAUCUGUGGGGUCAUCCUGACCCACAUGUAGGUCUGUAUCUAAUAUUAUUUGGAUUUGGACAAGUGUCAAUGACAUUAUGGCUAUGUAAUAAAAUUUUUAUUAAAAAUACCACACACUGUAGCCCCUUUGCCACUCCCCAUCUGCAUCUGCUGACACCCUCAUCCUGAGAUGCCAAAGCUCGGGGCAGGGAGAAAAGCCCACCAAAGAAGAUUGAAAGUUAACCUGGCAACUGGCCUGCCUCUGCUGAUUCCAGUCAACAGUCAGCAUCUACCUGCAACCUCAGCUGAGGUAGGACCUCUGAGCCAAGAUCUCAGCCAGUCAUGGGACGUUAGCUUUGCCCCACCAGCUGGGUUCCUGGUGGGUCACAGUUCUGCUGGUGAAUGCCCUCAGCGGCCCCUCCAUCACCCCAGCGUCACUUCAGUGUUGAAGGGCAUAGCACCCAAGGCUGUUUUCUACCCUUCUUCAGUUCUGGGAAGUAAAAGUCAGUGUCCGUAUGCCUAGCUCAUGCUGUCUGUACAUCUGUUGUCUGUCUGUUUCUGACAGGGACAAAGAAAGUCUGCUUUUGUUAUUUUUCUGUAAAGACUUGUCACUCAAUCUGUAAAUAUAUUUGUAAAUAAACUCGAUGGCAUUUUAACAAGG